AUGUCGAGUGAAGAAAUAGCGUUACUCAAUAAAAUUCUCCAUAAAAAAUUAGUGAAUUUGCAAUAUGGACCCAUACAGAUUCAUCAGUCACAGUCUGAUCCAAGUUCGCCGCUCUAUUCAGCCAAUACCUUCGAAAGUCUUCGGCUAAAAGACGAGCUGUUGAAGGCACUUCAUAAGAUGGGUUUUCUCAUGCCAUCAAAAAUCCAGGAAGCAGCUUUACCUUUACUGCUCACUGAACCGCCUCAAAAUAUGAUUGCUCAGUCGCAGAGUGGGACGGGUAAAACAGCUGCUUUCGUUUUAACGAUGUUAUCUCGGGUUGUUCCUGGAAAUCAUUGGCCGCAGUGUAUUUGCUUAGCUCCUACAUUUGAAUUGGCUAUGCAGAUUGGAGAGGUUGUGAAAAAUAUGAGUUGCUUUAUGCCCGAAAUUAAAAUUCGCUUCGCUGUCAGAGGUGAAAAAAUGACACGUGGUGAGACUAUUGUUGAGCAAAUCAUAAUUGGUACUCCUGGAAUAAUGCUCGAUUGGGUACUAAAAAUGAAAGUCAUUGAUCCGUCGAAGAUUAUUUGUAUGGUGUUUGAUGAAGCUGAUGUUAUGAUCUCACAACAAGGUCAUAUGGAUCAGAGCAUUCGCCUUCACAAUGAACUGAAACAUUCUGGAGCGAAAUAUCAAAGUCUUUUGUUCAGCGCUACUUAUGACGAUUCUGUAUUUGCUUUUGCAGAAUCGAUAAUCAAAGAAGCCGUGCUCAUAACUGUACGACGAGAAGAGCAAACGUUAAAAAAUAUAAAGCAGUAUUAUGUUCGUUGUGCAAACCGAGAAGAGAAAUGUGAAGCUGUAAUAAAUCUUUACGGUGGAUUAACAAUCGCUUCAGCUAUCAUAUUCUGCUAUACGAGGACAUCUGCGGAGUGGCUGGCAAAUCGAAUGGCACAGCGAGGACACGAAGUAAGUGUACUUCAUGGUGCAAUGUCGAUUGAGAAUAGAGCUAAAAUUAUACAAGACUUUAAAGAUGGUGUUUUCAAAGUCUUGGUGACCACAAAUGUGUGCGCUAGAGGCAUUGAUGUUUGUCAAGUAACUGUUGUUAUCAAUUAUGAUCCACCUGUUACGCAUUUUGAUUCACAGCCAGACUAUGAAACCUAUCUGCAUCGUAUUGGACGUACCGGAAGAUUUGGUAAAGCUGGAAUUGCUAUAAAUUUAGUUUCUGAUGAUUUCUCUCUUAAUGUUAUUGAACGCAUUGCGGAACAUUUUGGUAAAAAAAUUGAACUUCUUGAUGCUAGCGAUAUGGACCAACUAGAAGCAAUUGAUCGCGACUGA